GGAAAGCAAAGCAGUAUGCCUACUGAUCUCUCAAGAGAGAGCAUCCAGUUCCGUUCUCCACUUACAUUUCUCAUCAUCAUGUAUACUACAAUCCUGCCAGCUGCCAUUUUGGCUGGAUCUGCCCUUUUUUUUUCACCAGCUACUUUAACCCAUAUAAGUACACUUGUUCUUAGAAGAUUAGCUAGCUGCUCAUCUUACCACUUACCACCUGCUGCACAUAUCUGGAGUGGAGGCAAACAUGGUACACUAGUGAUCUCACCAGUAUUCAGUUUCAUUUUCAGUCAAGCAAAUCGGAUUCUCAUCACAUCUGAAUUCUUACAGCAGCAGCAGCCGCCGCCGCCUCCGAGGAAGAUGGUCGCGUCCAAGAAGCUCAUGAAGGUCGGGCCUUGGGGCGGCACCGGGGGCAACCCGUGGGACGACGGCGGGCACACCGGGAUCCGCGGCGUCACCCUGUCGUACGACCACCGCUGCGUCGUCUCCAUCGCCGUGGAGUACGACAGGAGCGGCCUUGCCGUCCCCGGCGAGCGGCACGGCGGCGCCGGAGGCAACCACACCACCCAGAUCAAGCUGAGCUUCCCGGACGAGCACCUGACAGCCGUGAGCGGCCGGUACGGCGCGGUGGCGCCCGGCGGCUCGCCGGUGAUCCGGUCGCUGGCGUUCAGGACGGAGCGCGCGGCGUAUGGGCCGUUCGGCGCCGCGGAGGGCACGCCGUUCGAGUUCGCGGUGGAGGGCGGCGUGAUCGUGGGGUUGUGCGGGCGGAGCGGCUGGCAGCUGGACGCCGUCGGGAUGUACGUGACGCCGCUGCGGCCGGAGAAGCUGUAUGAUAAGGUGCAGAAGCUGGGGCUCAUGGCCUACCGCUCGGUCAUGCACCGUCUCGGGCCGGCGCCGGCGCCGCCGCAGGACGAGCUGCCGGAGGCGAGAGUGCAGCAUCAGCAUCAGAACGGCAGUGUGGUUCAGACAAGUCGCAAGAAUUACUAGUGGUCACUGGUCAGUGUGUCAUUAGCUAGAAUGGCAAAUUCAUGGCUGCAUCUCUGUUGUGCAUAUGAUUGAUUCAGCUACUCCCUCCGUUCCAAAUUACUCGUAGUGGUUUUAGUUCAAAUUUGUACUAAAACCACGACGAAUAAUUUGAAAUGGAAGGGGUAGUAUAUAUGAAACCAAAAAUAUAUGCUUAAUACAGGAGAUUUACUACGGCCACAAUGACUUUAACACGUCACCGGUAUUUAAACAGUUGGAGUUUGACCGGCUUAAGCUUACGCCAACGUUGUCAACA